UUCACUCAACCACUCGUCUGCCAUCCGAUCGGGAGAAAUAGUUACAAGGACAACCCCAUUCCGGCAAGCAUGCGGUCGAUCGUGUUACUAGGGCUGGCGGCUCUCGUCUGCGGCGUUUGCUGUCGAGAUCUUCGCAUUGAGAAUUUACCGCGUCAACUUCGAUUGCAACUGAAGGACAAGCGCGGCCUCAACGAUCACCCCGUGGUUUUCCCGUCGCAUGGAUCUUCUUACUCGGCUCCCAUUCAUCCAAGUCUUGGUGCUAGUUACAACCUGGGAGGAUCAUCCGGUGGCUUCUCUUUGGGGCACGCUGGACUCCAUGGUUUGAGCGGUCCCGUCGGCCAUGGAAUCGGAUAUCCCAUAGCUCCGUCCAAUAGUCUUGGUUUAGGAUCCGGCUACUUGUCCUCUGGAUUGGGUCACGGUCCUUUGAAUCUUCAAGGUGUUUCUUUAGGCGGACACUCGGCCCAAAGCACUCAGUUCGCGCCCAGUAUCGCGAAUAUCGGUGGAGGAAGCAACGGACUUUUCACCCCAUCCAAAAACGGCCCCGUCACCUUUGGACUUCACGGUGGCAGCGGCUCGACCGGCACUUCUGCUGCAAACGCAUACUCCAUGCCGGUAUACGCUUCUGGAAACCAUGGGCUGUCAGCUUACAGCAACGGAAACCUGCCGAUUAUGCUGGCACCGUCGCAUGGCACUUCGUAUAAUCUGCCGUUGAGUUCCUCGGGUUCCUCAGCAGGAUAUAGUCUUCCCACGCAGCCCGUGUCUUCGAGUUCUUCGCACUCCGUAACGGGCGGCUUGAUCAUCGCCACUGGACCGCACAGUGUGUCCUCCAGCUAUAACCUGCCGACUUCCGGGUCCUCUCACGGAGCUGCAGCCCUCAGUAGCUCUCAGAGCGUUCACGGAGCGCCGCCUUCGUAUACUUUUCCAAUAACUUCCGGAUCUCACGGAGUCUCUGCGUUGGCUCCUGGCUCCACGUCUUCCGGCUACUCGACAUCCGGUUCUCCGGGAUCCUACAGCUCCGGCAGCUCUCACAUCGGGCUCUCGAGCGGGUCAUCCGUCAAUUCCAAUUAUGAGCUGCCAGUCUCUUCAGGAUCCUACUCAAGCUCCGGAUCUGGCUCCAGCCCGUACACGAGUUACUUACCGGCUACUCACGGGGACAGUAGCGUCAGCUAUUCAUCCAGCAGCGGUUCCAGCUACUCUAGUCCCAGCGUCACUUACGCGUCGCCAAAUUCUAAUUACGCGAGCUCCAGUCCCGAUUACUCGUCAGCCGGUUCCAGCUACUCGGCUCUCAGCUCGAGCUACGCGAGUCCCACGUCCAGCUAUUCCAGUCCAGCGGUAACUUACGCCGGCACUUCCAACUAUACGCCCGCAUAUGGGAGUUCUUCCGGUUCAUAUGGGUCAGCCGCGGAGUCGCAAGGAGCCUACUCCAGCGUGAAUCCGAGGUAUCUGGGAUACACCGCAGCGAAAGCGUACGAAAGUUUGGAUUCCGGGAACACAAAAUACGACACGAUCUCCUACUCGAGUCCCAAUGGAAAAUAUUGAGCUACUUAAUUUAUAUUUUAUAGGACCUUUUGUAUCUUCCACCCUAACGUUAUCAGGUUCAUUGACAACAAUUUACGUUUAUGGAAUCAGCGUGUGUUUUAGAUAAUGACUAGACUAAGACGAAUUAAUCGCGACUUGACAUUGUACAUUCAUUUAAAUUUAUGCUGUCGCGAUCUUGCCAUGAAAUGUAGCGAUGGCUCUAUCUCUGAUCACUUUACUGAUCGCUCAUUGAAGCGGAUCAGUAGAUCGCGUACAAUAUUGAAAACAAAAAAUUAUAACCAAAUCUCCAGGAGAGAGGAAAGCUGCCAAUAUAUAUUUAUAUUUAAAUCUUCUAUUGUAAAACCAUAUAGCGAUUUAUACUGUAAUAGUAUUUAAUGCAAAAUGCGUUAUCUAUUUAUAUUAUCCAUAGGUAUAGUGUGUCCCCUUUUCUGUUGUACAUCCCGUACAUCUCCGACGAUUGUGAUUUUUGUUGCAUAGUUUUAUACAUUUUUUUUUUUUUUAAUAAAAGAGUUGAUUCCGACACA